GCACAGCCGCACCACACUGUCUUUCCUAUGCAAAUUCUACAGCUCAAUCCGCAUAUAUACACAUACACACAGAAAAGUCAGGGUUUUAGAAGCGCUAUAUAGACGAAACGGUAGAGUUCUUCGUUCAUCAGUUGGUGAAUUGCUGGUGGUUUCGUUUGGUAAUUACUGCUUGAUUUUUAAUUAAUCCUUUAGUAUGUGAUAUAUUAUAAAAACCUUCAACAUUGGUUGGGUGAAUUAGAAUCAGAUCUGCAAGUUGCUUGACGUUGGUCGGUUGAAGCUUUGAUCGCACUUCACAUUCAAUCUCUGUCCAGUGUCCACCACCUUUUUACUCCUUUACGUGCUUUCAAAGAUUUCUUCUUUUUUGAAUUUCUGUCGUUAGUUGCCCAUAAUCGGUUGGUUCGUCAGCCAUCUCGUUUUUCAUUCUUCCCUUGAGUUGAUUGUGUUUUGUCUCAUCACACAUAUAUAUACCUUCGCUAGGCUUCAACUCUGCUGCAAUUACUUCUCUCUAAGCCCCUUUCCUACAGAGUUCAUAGAAAUAUAUUCAUAUAGUUAAUUCAGGUAAGAGUUUUUAAAGAAAUGGCCUCAACUGCAGUAAAGCAACCUCCAGAACCAUCACCAUUGAGAAAGGCUAAAUUUUUCCAGGCAAACAUGAGGAUUUUGGUUACCGGUGGUGCCGGUUUCAUUGGCUCUCACCUAGUUGACAGGCUAAUGCAGAAUGAGAAGAAUGAGGUGAUUGUUGCAGACAACUAUUUUACAGGAUCGAAAGAUAACCUCAAGCAAUGGAUCGGGCAUCCAAGAUUUGAGCUCAUACGUCAUGAUGUCACUGAGCCAUUGAUGGUUGAAGUUGAUCGGAUUUAUCAUCUUGCAUGUCCCGCUUCCCCAAUUUUCUACAAAUACAAUCCUGUGAAGACAAUUAAGACAAAUGUAAUUGGUACACUUAACAUGUUGGGACUUGCAAAGAGAGUUGGUGCAAGGAUUCUGCUCACUUCAACUUCUGAGGUUUAUGGGGAUCCUCUUGUGCAUCCUCAGGAUGAGAGCUAUUGGGGCAAUGUUAACCCAAUUGGAGUAAGGAGCUGCUAUGAUGAGGGGAAAAGAGUUGCUGAGACUUUGAUGUUUGAUUAUCACAGGCAACAUGGAAUAGAAAUCCGCAUUGCUAGAAUCUUCAACACUUAUGGGCCACGGAUGAAUAUUGAUGAUGGACGUGUUGUUAGUAAUUUCCUUGCUCAGGCAAUUAGAGACGAGCCUUUGACUGUCCAGUUGCCCGGAACACAAACUCGCAGCUUUUGCUAUGUUUCUGACAUGGUUGACGGGCUCAUUCGUCUUAUGGAGGGAGAACAUACUGGACCUAUUAACAUUGGGAAUCCAGGUGAAUUCACAAUGCUUGAACUUGCUGAUACUGUGAAAGAGAUGAUAAAUGAGGAGGUGAAGAUAAUAAAGGUGGAGAACACACCGGAUGAUCCCCGACAGAGGAAACCAGACAUCACAAAGGCAAAGGAGUUGCUUGGUUGGGAACCAAAGGUGAAGUUGCGUGAUGGCAUUCCCCUCAUGGAAGAAGACUUCCGUGGCCGGCUUGGCAUACCAAGAAAGACUUGAGUUGCUGCUGCUGCUAUCCUUGGAAUUUUGCUUAUCUUCUUUUCCUAAAUUUGAUUCUUUUCUCUUCAUUUAUUUGUCUUGCGGGGGAAUAAGUUAGUGUGGUUGCAAGUUUUGCUGUCUCGCUUUAUAUGGGUUGUUUCAAUGAAUACUUCAUUAUAUCUUUCGAACAAGUAUAUGAUCUACUGCGUAAAUGUUAUGUUCAAUAUGAAGUCAAUAUGAGAUCUUUUCGUAUAUUUC